AGGUGGCAGUACACGGAACUCCCGUGUGACUAUAUGAGAGCGUAUUUUUCAUCGCUCCCCUGACUCUUGGGAGCAGAAAGCUAAGGAGGAGGUGCCGGAAGUGGGAAGGGCGAGAAUUGGCCACCUCCUCUCACGCUCUGCGUGGUCCCGCCCAGCCGGCCGGCAGUUUUCUCACUGUGUCUCAUCUGUCAGUCGCUACUUCGGCACUAGCGGAACAAGAUGGCGGCUCGGAGUUUGAAGGUGAAUCAGGAGGCUCCUGGCAGAGCCACAUCUCCACCAUGGUGUAGGGCUGCUGCAGGCAGAGACCAUCGGAACCCAACACAGCCAGCAGUCUCCUGGCACCGCCUGGGAUCUGCAGCAUCCAACUCACCCCAGCCCAGUGGAACGGUGUCUCUGAGCAAUUUGUUAUUGCUGUUGUUAGAGAGUCAGAAAUCCUUACCAUCAACUGCAGAUUUUCAGAGAUCUCUCCUUAGUUCCCCUUCUGCCUUCCUCUGCCCUACUGGGUGCAUGAGUUGGAAAAUGCUGGCAUCAGAUCCAGAGACUAUGCAGGCUGCGAGAUGUCCCACAGACGAACUCUCCUUAAGCAACUGUGCUGUGAUCAAUGAAAAGGACUUCCAGUCUGGCUUGCACGUAGUUGUGAAGACCUCCCCAAACCACAAAUACGUUUUUACGCUAAGAACUCAUUCCUCAGUUGUUCCAGGCAGCAUUGCCUUCAGUUUACCGCAGAGAAAAUGGGCUGGACUUUCUAUUGGGCAAGAGAUAGAUGUUUCCUUGUAUAACUUUGAUAAGACCAAGCAGUGCAUCGGCACUAUGACUAUUGAGAUAGAUUUCCUGCAGAAGAAGAGUAUUGAUUCAAACCCUUAUGAUUCAGACAAAAUGGCAGCAGAGUUCAUCCAGCAGUUCAACAACCAGGCAUUCACAGUUGGGCAGCAGCUUGUGUUUAGCUUUAAUGACAAACUUUUUGGCCUUUUGGUCAAGGACAUUGAAGCCAUGGAUCCCAGCAUCCUUAAAGGAGAGCCUGCCACGGGCAAAAAACAGAAGAUCGAAGUUGGUCUUGUUGUUGGGAACAGUCAAGUUGCAUUUGAAAAGGCUGAGAGCUCUUCCCUCACUCUUAUUGGCAAAUCCAAAACUAGGGAAAAUCGCCAGUCCAUUAUCAACCCUGACUGGAACUUUGAGAAGAUGGGCAUUGGGGGUCUUGAUAAGGAAUUCUCUGACAUCUUUCGGCGGGCGUUUGCCUCCCGGGUGUUCCCACCUGAGAUUGUAGAGCAGAUGGGCUGCAAGCACGUGAAAGGCAUCCUCUUAUAUGGUCCCCCUGGCUGUGGUAAGACUCUUAUGGCCAGGCAGAUUGGCAAGAUGCUGAACGCCAGAGAGCCGAAAGUAGUGAACGGGCCUGAAAUCCUCAACAAAUAUGUCGGCGAGUCGGAGGCCAACAUUCGCAAGCUCUUUGCAGAUGCAGAAGAAGAACAGAAGAGGCUGGGUGCAAACAGCGGUGUCCACAUCAUCAUCUUUGAUGAGAUUGAUGCCAUCUGCAAACAGCGAGGGAGCAUGGCAGGCAGCACUGGCGUCCAUGACACUGUUGUGAACCAGCUCCUCUCAAAAAUUGAUGGGGUCGAGCAGCUAAAUAACAUCUUGGUCAUUGGUAUGACCAACAGGCCAGACCUGAUAGAUGAGGCUCUCCUGAGACCUGGACGACUGGAGGUGAAAAUGGAGAUUGGUUUGCCAGAUGAAAAGGGCCGAAUGCAGAUUCUCAACAUUCACACCGCAAGGAUGCGGACCCAUCAGCUGUUGUCUCCAGAUGUUCAAAUUACAGAGCUGGCUGUGGAGACCAAGAACUUCAGCGGUGCCGAGCUUGAGGGUCUGGUCCGUGCAGCACAGUCCACCGCUAUGAACAGACACAUUAAGGCCAGCAACAAAGUGGAAGUCGAUAUGGAGAAGGCAGAAUCCCUGCAGGUGACAAGGGGAGAUUUCUUUGCUUCUCUGGAGAAUGAUAUCAAGCCGGCAUUUGGGACCAACCAGGAGGAUUAUGCAAGCUACAUCAUGAAUGGCAUUUUUAAAUGGGGUGAUCCUGUCACUCGGGUGCUGGAUGAUGGGGAGCUUCUUGUUCAGCAGGUCAAAAACAGUGACCGUACCCCCUUGGUCAGCGUCCUUUUGGAAGGUCCCCCACACAGUGGAAAGACAGCCCUGGCUGCAAAGAUUGCAGAAGAAUCUAACUUCCCGUUUAUCAAAAUCUGCUCUCCUGAUAAGAUGAUCGGCUUUUCUGAAACUGCGAAGUGCCAGGCAAUAAAGAAGAUCUUUGAUGAUGCUUACAAGUCUCAGCUCAGCUGUGUUGUGGUGGACGACAUUGAAAGACUCCUAGAUUAUGUUCCAAUUGGACCACGGUUCUCCAACCUAGUCCUACAGGCUCUUUUGGUGUUGCUGAAGAAAGCACCACCUCAUGGCCGUAAGCUCUUGAUCAUUGGGACCACCAGUCGCAAGGAUGUCCUGCAGGAGAUGGAGAUGCUAGAUGCUUUCAGCACAACUGUCCACAUUCCCAACAUUGCCACAGGGGACCAUCUCAUGGAGGCCUUGGAGCUCCUGGGCAGCUUUAAAGACAAGGAACGUACUGUCAUCGCCCAGAAUGUCAAAGGGAGAAAGGUCUGGAUUGGCAUCAAGAAACUCCUGAUGUUGAUUGAGAUGUCACUACAGAUGGAUCCCGAGUACCGCGUGAGAAAAUUCUUGGCACUUCUAAGAGAAGAAGGAGCUAGCCCGCUGGAUUAAGUGCAAAGCUGGAACCUUGUGCAGAAACCAGGGCCGAGGAAAGCAGCCAAGCAGGAGACCCGCCCCACUGGGAUCAUCUUCUCUCCUUCCAUGGGGCGUGGCUGGACAAGAGCAUAACGUUCGGCCCCCUUCAGAGACUUCCUCUGUCCCUCCUUUUUGCAUGUUGGAUGCAACCAAACACUCCACCCUUUGUUAUCUAUUGUCCUUAAUAUCCUGGUGUCUUGUGGCAAAUCAAAUCUCUUCUAGAGUAACUGCUUUCGUACUAUGCUGCCUACUGUACCCGCUGAGCCUGUAUUGGCGCACAGGGGGAGGAGUGGAAAUGUGCCAUGUACAGAUCUGUCAAUAUUAAUGCUGAAGCUGGGAGUAAUUUCUAAGGCCCAAAACACUGGGAAGCCCUUCUCAUUCCUAACUCACACUGAUCCAAUGUCAAAAAGCCAUUGAGGUUUGUAAAAUUGUAAGUUCCUUCUUAUAGUUGAUGGUACCUCAACUUCCCCCUUUCUCUGCACCCCAUUGAGCAGUUUACUCCUUGUAGGCCUGAACCACAUUUUUUUGGGGGGGGGAAUGUUCAGACUCCUUUCAGGACAGAACGGUAAAUGAAGUGUUAAAUGCACUAGUUUCAGACAGGUCAGGAUCCAAUUUUAGGAAAGAGGGACUAUUGUGGCUGCACCCUUCAAGGCUCAACAACAUUUGCAAUGGCUGCAGCCAGUUUAUUUCCAGUAGUGUUUUCCCACUGGGCACAGCAACACCCAGCAGUUCUCUGAUGCUUUAAUGCAGAGCUAGCCAAAAUGCUGCCUUCCAGAUAAUGAUGGACUUCAACUCCCUUCAUCCCUGAUAAGUGGCCACGGCUGAGGUUGAUGGGAGCUGUAGUCCACAUACUCUGGAAGAUAGCAUGUUAGCUAUCCUGCACUAAUGGUUUGCUAUAAAACAAGUAGCAUAGUCCUGGCCAUAGAGACAGACAGCUUUAGUAUUCCUGUAAAACUUUGAAAAUUCCCUUCUGCUUUCUGUCGCAAUUGCACUUACUAACUGGUAUCUGACUUCUUGUAAAGGAACACCCCAGAGAUCUGUUCUAGGGGGUCAGAUGUGCAAUUUCCACAGGACAUGGGUGUCAUAUGCAUGACAACAUUCUGGUCUCUGCUGUUGGCCUGUUGCUUUUCUUCAUGGUGGGAUCACAAACAGGAAAAGCUAACAUGCCUUUUCCGAAAGACUUCCUGUGAUUUGUACUGUGCACUACAGCACUGAAGCACUGAAGCAGUGGUCCUUUUUUCCUUGGGGAGCCACUAAGUAGCUUGCCUGACUAGUGUAGUGUAUAUUUAUGUUAGAGCAAAUCUAGCUGUUACACUUAUCACCUACCACCACCCAACUGUAUUUUAUUGUAGAACUUGCCACCCUGCGCCCUUAAGCAGUAUCCCUGUCUGCAACCCAUAUCAGCAGUAAUUGCCCAGCAGGUUUGGGAGUGUGGAAACUACAUGAGAGAUAGUGUCCCCAUCGUGUUAAGUUUUACAAAACCAUAUGGUCAAAGGGAUAAGGCAUUAAUUAUGGGGAUGCUCCUUCCUCUGGAAAAAUAACAUCUAAAUAAUCUCUUAGCCUUUAUAAAGAGCAGUGUGUUUCAUGGCCCUAAAUAAUCUUCCUCCACCUCAUCCACAAAAAUGAGUGGCUGGACCAAUCUGCCAUCUUGUUGAACUCUUCCUGUAUUAUUGGCAGGGUUCCCGCUCCUCACCUUUCCAAGCUGCUAAAAUUGGGAAGAUGAAAAUGACAUGUGACUUCCUCCAACCCUGUGCAGCAAAAGGAAAACCACAGUGUUAGAAGGUGCUGCAGUGUAUUUGAAUCACAAUGGAUACUUUUCUUUUAAUGUGGAUUAGCAGCUUUCCCCCCUUUUUAGUUUCCAUUGUUUUGGUUAUUAGUGUUGAGGUUUAUAUAAGCUGUAGGAUCCCUUUUUUGGCUGUAUGAUUGGGCUGCUUUAAACUGCACCUUUCCCUCUACCCCCACAGCCCAAAUCCCAGCAACCUUUUCCUUUUCUUUCUCCCCAUUAUUCAUCUUUCACUGAAAGCAAAACACACGUUGUAUUUAAUGUAAUGUCUUGAAUCAAAUGAUGUAAAUUUUAUUGUGUUUUUUGUCCAAAGCUAUAUUCAGAGAGAGAAAAAUACAAAUAUAUGUAUAUAUUGAUUGAGUGUAUGGUCAAAAUGCAGACAAACUGAUGCAAUAAAAAGGCACAGAUAUUAAA